AUGACCACUGUUCAGCAAAUCGUCGCCUCUAAUGGGCAACUGCAUGAGAUUCAUGAAUCCAUCACAGCAGUCUUCACCGGGGCUACGCACGGCAUCGGGUUAGAGACUCUCAAAGCCUUUCUGAGAUACAUUUCCAAACCAAAGGCAAUAUUAGUCGGUCGAAAUCGACAGAGAUUCGCUCCUGAGCUCGAAGCUCUUCGUCAACUCAACCAAGAUGCCGAAAUCUCUUUCCUCGAAGCCGAGCUCAGCCUGAUCUCCGAAGUCGAUCGAAUUUGCGAGACCAUCAAGCAGAGAACACCAACAAACAGCAUUAGCUUACUUUGCAUGUCGCAAGGAUACGCACCUCUUGGGCCGAGAAGGUUCAAUAAAGAAGGUCUCGAUGAAGCGAUGACACUCGGCGUAUACGGAAGAGUUCGCCUGGCAGAAAGACUGAUCCACCUCUCGACGUUAUCAACGAACGCCCGGGUGGUGUCAAUCCUCGGCGGCGCAAAGGAAGACAAGCUUUUCCUCGAAGAUAUGGAGCUGAAGGAGAAUUACAGCGUCAUGAACUUCGUGGUCAUUUUACCUCGAUGA